GCUACCGCAGAAUAAGAAAGGAACCGGCAGUGACGACACCGCAGCUGUCAUGGCGUCCACAGCAGCGACCCGAGCCGCAGCUGGUGCUGCGAAAGUCGUCAAACCGAUUUUUAGUCGAGAUCUGGAUGAAGCCAAGCGGCGGGUCCGGGAGCUUUACCGGGCCUGGUACCGAGAGAUUCCGAAUGCAGUGACCAUGUACCAGCUGGACAUCAGUGCACAACAGGGCCGAGCCAAGGUGAGGGAGAUGUUCAACAAGAACAAGCAGGUGACCGACCCGCGAGUCAUCGACAUGUUGGUCAUCAAGGGCAAGAUGGACCUGGAGGAGACGAUCCACGUGUGGAAGCAGAAGACUCACCUCAUGCGAUACUUCUCGGAGACGCAGGAGGCGCAGCCCGCCGACUUCAUGUCCAAGUUCUACCAUGGCCAUGACCCUUGACCUUUUGUUUGUAUGAUCCGCUUUUGUCUUGUGAGCAGGCUGUCUGUAAAUACACUUGUAACAACUCCA